AUGAAGCUUUCGUUCUUCAUCAACAAAUUUAAGGUUAGAUCAUGUUAUUCGUUUCAAAGGCUCCAUAGUACUAUCCCGGUGAGUGUGCCCAAAAAAUUUUUGCCAUAUGACUCACCAGGCAAUUUGUUAUGGAGGUCGGCAUUGAGUGGAAUGGAGACUUAUUUUGAAAAACAAAACAUUGAAUACCCAACUGGAUACCUGCCGUCAUUUUUAGAGCGUUGCCGAAAUGCAAAGACGAACCAAGAAUUGGCUUACUACGAUUUAAAAAAAAGGGCAUUGAAAUCUUUGAUCUCCUCCAGAAACGAAAUUACGUCUGAUAUUUACUACAGCGAUCGCGAGUACUUGAGGAGACCUUUGCAUCAAAAAAACUACACUUCUUAUUUAUUUCACCUUCAGCAAAUGAUUGCAGACAGUUUUUUUGCAUACGCAAGGUUUAAAGAUAUUUUGGAAAAUACCAAUGUGGAACUACAGAGACAGCUGACCAAUAUAAGAAAUCCAGGAGAGCUGUAUCCUGCUGCAAGAAGCCAAAAACGGCACAUUAUUAUGCAUGUAGGCCCUACAAACAGCGGGAAAACAUAUCAUGCUUUACAGCGUCUGAAACAGAGCGAAAAAGGUAUAUAUGCAGGUCCAUUACGCCUUUUAGCUCACGAAGUUUUUAAUCGAUUAAACGCUGAUGGAAUAAAAUGCAACUUGAUCACAGGUGAGGAGAUCAGAAAACCCUAUCUUAAUCCGCAGGUUCUAUCCUGUACUGUUGAGAUGUGUAGGACUCAAAAUUCCUUUGAAGUUGCAGUUGUCGAUGAAAUACAAAUGAUAGCUGAUCCUGAUAGAGGUUUCGCCUGGACAGAAUGUUUACUGGGACUUAAUGCUAAAGAAAUUCACCUAUGCGGAGAGGAAAGUGCUGUGAAUUUGGUAAUGUCUAUUGCAAAGUCAACCGGAGAUGAUUUUACUGUCUAUCAUUAUAAUCGUCUUAAUCGCCUUAAACUUGGAAAGGGUAGUUUAAAUGGUAAACUGAAGCUGCGCGAAGGUGAUUGUUUGGUGGCUUUCUCACGUAAAGAUAUUUUUGCCUUAAAGAAAAAGGUUGAGGAAAAAAUAGGAAAACGGACAGCUGUGAUUUAUGGCUCACUUCCUCCUGAAGUACGUAAUCAACAAGCCAACUUAUUUAAUUCUGAUAGUCAUGAAGAAAAAGUCCUGUUGGCAUCAGAUGCUAUCGGAAUGGGAUUGAAUUUAUCAGUCAAAAGGAUCAUUUUUCACACACUCAAAAAAUUUAGUGGCAAAGAGAUCAUUGACAUCCCUGCUUCUCAAGUAAAACAGAUAGCUGGAAGAGCCGGCAGACACCAGGCGUCGGACUCGGAACAAUCACCGGGUGUUGUCACGACUUUGUACAAAGAAGAUUACGAGGCAUUGAAGCUCGCAAUGAAGGUUCCAACAAAAAAUUUAACUCGAGCUAGCAUAAAGCCGCCCGACUAUGUAUUUCAAAAGUACUGCACCCUUUUUCCAAGCGAUAUUCCCGUUCGCAUGAUUUUGGAACGCUACGCGAAACUUUUCAACGUACACGGACCUUAUUCUGCGUCCAACUUUGGUGUGAACUUUUUUACUUUGGACUUACUCGAGACUGUGCAAGAAUUGACAGUAGAAGACAAGAUUUCUCUGUUGGGCAUACCGAUUGGAAGACAACUUCCAAAUGCUCCUGAAUUUGUGCGUGUGCUCGGAAAGCACAUCGCAACUGGUAGGCGCAUGCAAAUAUAUGAUCAUCCUUACCUGCCACUGGAAAUAAUUGACCAAGGAAUUCCGAGUACUAAUGAAGAAUUAGUUGAUCUAGAAAGACUUCAUAAAAAAAUAGUGGUAUAUCUUUGGGUAAGUCUUCGCUACCCAAAUAUAAUAUUACCAGAGGCUGCUUUGGUAGCAAAAAAGCUCACAGAAGAAAUGCUAGCUAAAGGUUUAGUAAACGUCCAGGCAGGCAUCGAGAAAUAG